AUGGAAUUUCAUGCUGUGAUAUGCUGUGGAAAAGGUAGUGGGCUAAACCCUCUCUCUAUGACCAAGGAAACAGGUAUUCCAAAGGCAUUGUUACCAAUUGGGAACAAACCAAUGAUCGAGUAUGUCUUGGAAUGGUGUGAUAAAGCCCCAUUCAAAGCUGUCACAGUCGUUAGUGAUUCAGAUAGUAAUAUUGAAAUUACUGCUGUUGUUGAAGCUUACAAAUCCAAAAGACCAAAAAAUGUCCACAGUCAUAUUAAUAUUAUAAAGUUUGAUGGUGAUUCAACUGGUGAAAUUUUGGCCGAAUUUAUUGAUAAAGUUAGUGGUAAUUUUAUUCUUCUACCUUGUGAUUUCGUCACUGAUUUACCUCCACAAGUGUUGAUCGAGGAAUUCAGAAAUAGAGACGAUAAUGAUAUUGCCAUGUCUGUUCAUUAUAACAAUAGAUUUGAAAGUAUAGACAAAAAACACUUCACAAAUUAUUAUACUGUUUAUUCGGAUGAUCAACACUUAUUAGAUAUUUAUUCAAAAGAUACAGUUGAAGCCUCAAAAUUCUUGGAAAUUAGAACACAAAUGGUUUGGAGAUAUCCUAAUGUCAAUGUUUCCACAAAACUCUUAGAUUCAUUCAUAUAUUUUUUCUCCCCAGAAGCUUUAAAGGUAUUGAAAGAGGAAAUUGAAGAUUAUAGAACAAAGUCAAUAACCAAAAUACUGAGAGAUCUCGCACGUCGUUCCUGGAGGCAUUCUGUGCCUAAAGGAACCAUUAGCUUUUUGGUUUUACCAUCACAAUGUACAUUUGUUAGAGCUGAUAAUUUACCAGCAUAUAUGGAAGCAAAUCGUUACAUCAUGAAAUUGAAAGCUAAACAACAACAGCAACCCGCACAAGCUAAAGAAAAGGGUGCUGCUACUGUCGGUGCUGACUCUGUUGUUGGUGAGAAUACAACUUUAGGUGAACGUACCAGUGUAAAGAAAACUGUUGUUGGUAAGAAUUGUAAUAUUGGUAAACGUUGUCGUUUGACAGGUUGUGUUUUGUUGGAUGGAAUCACGUUAGAAGAUGAUGUUGUAUUGGAAAACUGUAUCAUUGGUAAAGACUCUAUAGUCCAUGCCAAAUCUAGAUUGACAAAUUGUAACAUAGAGGGAAGUUAUAGUGUUUCAAAAGGUUCACAGAUCAAAGGUGAAACUUUGACCAACAUCUACAUUGAGGGCCAACUAGAAGAGUCUGAUGAGUCUGAAAGUGACUCUGAGGAUUACGACAGUUAUGAAGAAGAUUUUGAAGACGACUAUGAAGACGACGGAUUGUUUGAGCGUUAG